AUGGCGGCCGGGUUCAAAACUGUGGAACCACUGGAGUAUUACAGGAGAUUUCUGAAAGAAAACUGUCGUCCUGAUGGAAGAGAACUUGGUGAAUUCAGAACCACAACUGUCAACAUAGGUUCAAUCAGUACAGCGGACGGUUCUGCUCUAGUGAAGCUGGGGAACACCACAGUCAUUUGUGGAGUUAAAGCAGAAUUUGUAGCGCCACCACUAAAUGCCCCUGAUAAAGGAUAUAUUGUCCCUAACAUGGAUCUGCCGCCACUGUGUUCAUCGAGGUUUCGGACUGGACCUCCUGGAGAAGAGGCCCAAGUGACCAGCCAGUUCAUUGCAGAUGUCAUUGAAAAAUCACAGAUUAUUAAGAAAGAGGUCUUAUACAUUUCUCCAGGCAAGCUGGCUUGGGUUCUGUAUUGUGACCUUAUCUGCCUAGACUACGAUGGAAAUAUUUUGGAUGCCUGCACAUUUGCUUUGUUAGCCGCUUUAAAAAAUGUACAGUUGCCUGAAGUUACUGUAAACGAAGAAACUGCUUUAGCAGAAGUUAAUUUAAAGAAGAAAAGUUAUUUGAAUGUUAGAACAAACCCAGUUGCAACUUCCUUUGCUGUGUUUGAUGACACUUUGCUGAUAGCUGAUCCUACUGGAGAGGAGGAACACCUAUCAACAGGAACUUUAACGAUAGUAAUGGAUGAGGAAGGCAAGCUGUGUUGUCUUCACAAGCCAGGUGGGAGUGGACUUACUGGAGCUAAACUUCAGGAUUGCAUGAGUUGAGCAGUUACGAGACACAAAGAAGUGAACAAGCUACUAGAUGAAGUAAUUCAGAGUAUGAAACACAAAUGAACAGCCACCACGAUUGCAAAACAGCUGUAAAAACUGUAUUUGUUACACUGUGCAGGUUUUUUAUACUAAAUAAAUACCAACUACAUACCUUUGAAAGAUAAA